CUGGGAAAGGGACAUGGGGAACCAGGGGAGGGCGUGGGGGGGAGCAGGGACGGGGACAUGCGGAAGCAGGGAAGGGGACAUGGUUUCGCAUGUAAAGGGAUGGGGGAAAGCAGGGAUGGGGGGAAGCAGGGAAAGGGACACCUCGAAGCAAGGAAAGGGACAUGGGGAAGCAAGGAAAGGGACAUGGGGAAGCAGGGAAGGGGACAUGGGGAAGCAGGGAAGGGGACAUGGGGAAGCAGGGAAGGGGACAUGGGGAAGCAGGGAAGGGGAUGGGGGAGCAUAAGGGAAGGGGAUGGGGGGAAGAAGGGAAGGGGAUGGGGGAAAGCAGGGAAAGGGACACGGGGAAGCAGGGAAGGGGACAUGGAGAAGCAGGGAAGGGGAUGGGGGGAAGAAGGGAAGGGGAUGGGGGGAAGCAGGGAAGGGGACAUGGGGAAGCAGGGAAAGGGACAUGGGGAAGCAGGGAAGGGGAUGGGGGGAAGCAGGGAAAGGGACAUGGGGAAGCAGGGGAGGGCGUGGGGAGAAGCAGGGACGGGGACAUGCGGAAGCAGGGAAGGGGACAUGGGGAAGCAGGGAAGGGACACGAGGAAGCAAGGAAAGGGACACGAGGAAGCAAGGAAAGGGACACGAGGAAGCAAGGAAAGGGACACGAGGAAGCAAGGAAAGGGACACGAGGAAGCAAGGAAAGGGACACGAGGAAGCAAGGAAAGGGACACGAGGAAGCAAGGAAAGGGACACGAGGAAGCAAGGAAAGGGACACGAGGAGGCAAGGAAAGGGACACGAGGAAGCAAGGAAAGGGACACGAGGAAGCAAGGAAAGGGACACGAGGAAGCAAGGAAAGGGACACGAGGAAGCAAGGAAAGGGACACGAGGAAGCAAGGAAAGGGACACGAGGAAGCAAGGAAAGGGACACGAGGAAGCAAGGAAAGGGACACGAGGAAGCAAGGAAAGGGACACGAGGAAGCAAGGAAAGGGACACGAGGAAGCAAGGAAAGGGACACGAGGAAGCAAGGAAAGGGACACGAGGAAGCAAGGAAAGGGACACGAGGAAGCAAGGAAAGGGACACGAGGAAGCAAGGAAAGGGACACGAGGAAGCAAGGAAAGGGACACGAGGAAGCAAGGAAAGGGACACGAGGAAGCAAGGAAAGGGACACGAGGAAGCAAGGAAAGGGACACGAGGAGGCAAGGAAAGGGACACGAGGAAGCAAGGAAAGGGACACGAGGAAGCAAGGAAAGGGACACGAGGAAGCAAGGAAAGGGACACGAGGAAGCAAGGAAAGGGACACGAGGAGCAAGGAAAGGGACACGAGGAAGCAAGGAAAGGGACACGAGGAAGCAAGGAAAGGGACACGAGGAAGCAAGGAAAGGGACACGAGGAAGCAAGGAAAGGGACACGAGGAAGCAAGGAAAGGGACACGAGGAAGCAAGGAAAGGGACACGAGGAAGCAAGGAAAGGGACACGAGGAAGCAAGGAAAGGGACACGAGGAAGCAAGGAAAGGGACACGAGGAAGCAAGGAAAGGGACACGAGGAAGCAAGGAAAGGGACACGAGGAAGCAAGGAAAGGGACACGAGGAAGCAAGGAAAGGGACACGAGGAAGCAAGGAAAGGGGCACGAGGAAGCAAGGAAAGGGGCACGAGGAAGCAAGGAAAGGGGCACGAGGAAGCAAGGAAAGGGACACGAGGAAGCAAGGAAAGGGACACGAGGAAGCAAGGAAAGGGACACGAGGAAGCAAGGAAAGGGACACGAGGAAGCAAGGAAAGGGACACGAGGAAGCAAGGAAAGGGACACGAGGAAGCAAGGAAAGGGACACGAGGAAGCAAGGAAAGGGACACGAGGAAGCAAGGAAAGGGACACGAGGAAGCAAGGAAAGGGACACGAGGAAGCAAGGAAAGGGACACGAGGAAGCAAGGAAAGGGACACGAGGAAGCAAGGAAAGGGGCACGAGGAAGCAAGGAAAGGGACACGAGGAAGCAAGGAAAGGGACACGAGGAAGCAAGGAAAGGGACACGAGGAAGCAAGGAAAGGGACACGAGGAAGCAAGGAAAGGGACACGAGGAAGCAAGGAAAGGGACACGAGGAAGCAAGGAAAGGGACACGAGGAAGCAAGGAAAGGGACACGAGGAAGCAAGGAAAGGGACACGAGGAAGCAAGGAAAGGGACACGAGGAAGCAAGGAAAGGGACACGAGGAAGCAAGGAAAGGGACACGAGGAAGCAAGGAAAGGGACACGAGGAAGCAAGGAAAGGGACACGAGGAAGCAAGGAAAGGGACACGAGGAAGCAAGGAAAGGGACACGAGGAAGCAAGGAAAGGGACACGAGGAAGCAAGGAAAGGGACACGAGGAAGCAAGGAAAGGGACACGAGGAAGCAAGGAAAGGGACACGAGGAAGCAAGGAAAGGGACACGAGGAAGCAAGGAAAGGGACACGAGGAAGCAAGGAAAGGGACACGAGGAAGCAAGGAAAGGGACACGAGGAAGCAAGGAAAGGGACACGAGGAAGCAAGGAAAGGGACACGAGGAAGCAAGGAAAGGGACACGAGGAAGCAAGGAAAGGGACACGAGGAAGCAAGGAAAGGGACACGAGGAAGCAAGGAAAGGGACACGAGGAAGCAAGGAAAGGGACACGAGGAAGCAAGGAAAGGGACACGAGGAAGCAAGGAAAGGGACACGAGGAAGCAAGGAAAGGGACACGAGGAAGCAAGGAAAGGGACACGAGGAAGCAAGGAAAGGGACACGAGGAAGCAAGGAAAGGGACACGAGGAAGCAAGGAAAGGGACACGAGGAAGCAAGGAAAGGGACACGAGGAAGCAAGGAAAGGGACACGAGGAAGCAAGGAAAGGGACACGAGGAAGCAAGGAAAGGGACACGAGGAAGCAAGGAAAGGGACACGAGGAAGCAAGGAAAGGGACACGAGGAAGCAAGGAAAGGGACACGAGGAAGCAAGGAAAGGGACACGAGGAAGCAAGGAAAGGGACACGAGGAAGCAAGGAAAGGGACACGAGGAAGCAAGGAAAGGGACACGAGGAAGCAAGGAAAGGGACACGAGGAAGCAAGGAAAGGGACACGAGGAAGCAAGGAAAGGGACACGAGGAAGCAAGGAAAGGGACACGAAGAAGCAAGGAAAGGGGAUGGGGGAACAUGAGGGAAGGGGAUGGGGGGAAGAAGGGAAGGGGAUGGGGGGAAGCAGGGAAGGGGACACGGGGAAGCAGGGAAGGGGACAUGGGGAAGUAGGGAAGGGGACACGGGGAAGCAGGGAAGGGGACAUGGGGAAGUAG